AACAACUGAAACAACAACAACAACAACUGAGACGACGACGUCAUGCAGGCAAUCAAAUGUGUUGUUGUUGGCGACGGCGCCGUGGGUAAAACUUGCCUGCUGAUCAGCUAUACAACCAAUGCCUUCCCGGGGGAAUAUAUUCCCACCGUCUUUGACAACUAUUCGGCCAAUGUGAUGGUCGAUGCCAAGCCCAUCAACUUGGGACUCUGGGAUACAGCUGGACAGGAGGAUUAUGAUCGACUGCGUCCAUUGUCUUAUCCACAAACCGAUGUCUUCCUCAUUUGCUUCUCUCUGGUUAAUCCCGCCUCAUUUGAGAACGUACGCGCCAAAUGGUUUCCCGAGGUGCGUCAUCAUUGCAACAAUGUUCCCAUCAUUCUGGUCGGUACAAAGCUAGACUUGCGCGACGACAAGCAGGCGAUUGAAAAGCUUAAGGAUAAGAAGCUAACGCCCAUUACCUAUCCACAAGGAUUGGCCAUGGCCAAGGAAAUUGCAGCGGUCAAGUAUCUGGAAUGCUCUGCCCUCACCCAAAAGGGCCUGAAGACGGUCUUCGAUGAGGCCAUACGAUCGGUGCUUUGUCCGCCAAUGCGCAAACCCAAACCCAAAUGCAGUUUGCUCUAGGGCGGAGGAGAGAGAGAGAGAGGAAAUGGUUCAAAGAGAGAACAAAAAGCCCACAGAAAGUUUGCAAAAAAUCAUUCGCUUUAGUUACAGUUACAGUUGUGCAGUGUAAAAGAGA